AUGCAGGCCAAUUUUCAGAUGCCGUAUAUGAUGCCUCAAAAUAUGGGCAUGCAAUACCCGUAUAAUGCUCCUUAUAUGGCCUAUGGGUAUCAACCAUUUCCUGGAAACAGCUAUGCUCCGUCCACCAUGAACUUUCCAACCGCUGGUCCGCCUACGGAGCCUCUUACACCCCGUUUUAGUAGUGGAUCGACUGAUAUCCCGGAAUUUUCCACCCAGAUCUCUCUUGAAAAUGUUGAUGGGGAUACACCCCAUAGUUUUCUAGCUCCAACCCAGCAAUCAACCAAGAGAUCAAGUUAUGAUAGUUGGAGCACCGAAGACAACAAAGUUCUACUCACUGGUUACUUUCACUUUAGUAACGACAGUGAAUUGGGGAACAACCAAAAGGGUGAGACUUUCUGGGGUAAAGUUACAGACUACGUUAAUGAGAACUCAACAAGUGGAAAAGUGAGGACCAUAUCAAAGUGUCAAAGUCAUCACCGUGACAUCAACAAAAAGAUUUGCGGUUUUGUUGGUUGUUACAGUGCUCGAUGGCGUGUAAGGGAGAGGAAAAGUGUUUGGUCCGAUGAUAAACUAUAUACGACAAGGCUGUGGAGUUGUAUUCGGAGAAAUACAAUGGGAAAUUCGGCAUUUGGUUGA